ACCAGCGGUCCUGGAAACUCUUCUGCUCCUCUCACACUGUCUAGGCGUUUGUGUAUGUCUCACAAUAACUCUCGAAAUCAGUUGCCGGCGACUCUCUCUCGCUCUCCCGAUCUAUCACGCGCCGCAGUCUCUCUCGCUCUCGGAAGAAUUCCCACCGCCUCUUUCUCUUUCACGAAGUCUGUCUCGCAUCGUAGGGUUUACAAGUUUACCCCAUUCAUGGUUCGAGUGCGGCUAUCACCCGAACAUCACCGCCGCCUAUUCGGAGCAACCUCCCCCUCCUCUCAAUGCCACCCAAGGGGCUUCGCAGUGAUACUUAAUCUA